UUGAUUUUCCAACUGCAGUCCAUCCGGGUACCAGGAAACUUUACAUGGGAGAGCAGCCAGAGACCAGAAAAUAAAGCCAAGAACAGAUACAAGAACAUUAUUCCAUGGAAGUCCAGUAUACCAUAUAACCAGAAGCUAAUCUCUAUAAUUUAAUUUAAAGUGGCCCAAAAUUAACUAAAAAAAAAACAAAGAAAGAGAGAAAGAAAGAAAGAAAGCCAGAGAGGGGAGAGAGGGUUCUGCCCCUACCCUCUCCCCCUUAUCACUCCCGAAUCUCAGUUACUCAGGUAUUUCCUUAUGAUUAUUUCUUGGGUCAUACAAUUAUUUAUUUCCGUUAAGAAUUAAGAUAAUUUCCCUUUCCUUUUGUUACAGGAACAAAAUGAAACGUGGCAGGCACUGCGUAUGAUACGCAUUAGAAUAUACCACACAGGUGAAUAGUGCUUUUCGCCCACACUGAUUGGCUAGUUCGAAAGCGCUUAGGAAGUACUAGUCACCUCCCGGGCAGCCGAAGAGACAAAAUCGCGCGUCAAAAAUCUAAUUUCUAACAUUUUUGGUGUAUUGAAAUAGAGAGACUAUAUUUUUGGUUGCUGUGUGGUAUAUAAUAAAACAAUUAUUCACCUCAGUGUUAAGUGAAAGUGGUGGAUAUUUACCUCCCCGCUUCGUGGCUCGGUGAAUAUCCACUACUAUUCACCUCCACUUCGGUAAAUAAUUGGUAACUAUCUGAAAGAGUGUAUAUUUGUCGGGCAUUAGGCUUUUUGAAAAAUUUCACGUCAGGCGAACCGUCAUAAUUGUGUUGCUCGUCUUUAACUCAUUUGCAGAUGACCACACGAGGGUGCAAUUAGUGGAGUUGGAUGGUUAUCCAGGAAGUGAUUACAUCAAUGCCAGCUUCAUUGAUGUAAGUACAACUACAAAAAUAACAACCGUAACGAUAUGUUUAAACCUUUAUUCCUCUACAAUGAUCGGUAUCUAAUUUUUCCUCUCGAGAUCAUUGCCAAAUCAAAAGUCCAGGCCAUGAGAAUUAAGGAAUUGAUUGCCAACUACAGAAGCUCGUGAUUAUUACGUAUUCUCUCUGUCAGUUCGAUAGGAAUUAUGUCGUGCACAGCAUGGUGAAUAUUCAAACUGAUAUUUGGGUGUUAUGAGUUCUGGAGUAAGGUGUGAGGUUUGAAGCAGUUAUAGCAACGAUAACAAUUGUACACAGUUGCAAAAAUCAGGUUGUGAAGUAUCUCCCAUGAGUUGCACUCAGGUCUCUCCCGGCCUGACAAUGUUGACUGGACUACCUGAUAAGUUCGUUAUUGACUAUUAUUUGUUUGUUUAUUUUUAGGGUUACAAUCAUCACUGCAAGUUCAUUGCUACACAAGGUUUGAGUUUCUUUGUGUUCUUUCUGCUUCAAUGGAACAGCCUAUCUUUGCCAUGGGAAUGUCCUACUCGAUUGCCAUCAAUGAUGCUGAACGUUCACUCAUAAUAUUUACUUGAGUAGUUGGGUUUUUGUCAUGGAUUCUAGGACGCUACCAAUUAUUAAGGAAUUUUUGUAAUGCAAAUGUAGGCUGGACGCCAACGAAAUGAUCCCCUAUCCAGUUUUGCUCGUUUGAAAAAAAUCAAAAGCUAUCAGAGACGGACGUAUGUUAUAGGGGCGUCAACGAGGCCUUUAUUUUUCCUUUCACCUGAGGUUUGACCUCAGGACUCGACAACAGCUCUUGACCAUAGUGCCACAUAUUGGGGUACGAGACAAUUCUCCAACCCACCCACCCCCACCCCCUCUUUUCCAUUCCGCUCCGCGCUGGCAAUUUCUAAUCACGUGUUAUACAUACAUUUCAGGUCCUGUUGCUAGCACAUUUGGAGACUUCUGGCGAACAGUCUGGGACCAAGGCGUUUGUAUCAUUGUCAUGGUUACAAACAUGGUGGAAGGAGGACGGGUGGGUUAAACUAUAUUUACACUGAACAUCAUUUUGAAAAUAUGUCGGAGACAGGGCCCGAACGUAGUUGAGUUUUGAUUGACACUGCACGUCAGUGCAGUCAUGCUUGUCGCUUUAGAAGGAGUGUUUUUUCCUAAGAAAAGGUAUGAGAGAACAAAAAACGGUUUUGUUUAUAGCAAGAAAACCUGUGAUUGUGACUUUGGGAUACUAAACUCCUAUUGCCACCAAGGCAAUCCCGAAAAAUACAUAGGUUAUAGGUAGAAAGAACCACUCAGAAUGCAAGUAGAAUUUUUAAUCAAGAAUAUUUGUCUUUAGAUCAAGUGUCUGAAGUAUUGGCCGAGCGCCAGUCCAGAAAUGUACGGUCCUGUCCUGGUUUCUCCAGGUGAUGAAGAAGAGCUUGCUGACUAUAUGAUUAGAAAGCUUUCUGUUCAGAUGGUGAGUUUGUUUUGGAUUAUUUGUACGUAUGUUUCUUUCAGUGAGAUGGUCAGUGAGCCCAUAUGAGUCCGUGAAUGAUUUAGUCAGUUGAGUCAGCCAGUCAGUGAGUCAGUCUCUGAGGAGGUCAGUCAGACAGUUAGUCGGUGAGUCAGUCGGUCAUCAGUUUGUCAAUCAGCUAGUGAGCCAGUCAGUCAGUCACUCUAUGAGUCAGCCAGUCAGUUAGUCAGACAAUAAGUUGGUGACUGAAACAGUCAGUCAGCGGUGAGUCAGUCAGUCAGUCGUUCUGUCAAUCCGUUUGUGAUUCAAUGAUUUCUUGGACAGUUGAAGUCUGAGAUCUGUAAGCUCGUUUGAAGUACGUGUGUAAAAAAAUUACAAGAUAUCUACCCAGCUACAUAGGAUAAUACGGGGAAACUGCAAGUUGACUAAGGUGCAUAAAAGCUAUAAUGCUGACUUUCCUUGUUAUCUUUCCUAGACCUCAGACACAGCCGAGUAUCGCGCCCGUGAGGUGAUACAGUAUCACUUCACAGCUUGGCCUGAUCAGUGGGUCCCUACACACGCAACCUCCUUGCUUGCUUUCCUGAAGAAGGUCCGUGCCUCUCUGCCAGAGGAUUCUGGGCCCAUUUUGACCCACUGCAGGUAAUGAGAUGGGACAUUGAAAAUAAUUUUUCGCAGCUGUCGUCCGUUACGCUCUAACGACAGCCACAGAAAUGAGUCGAAACAUUGCGGCGAGGUAGACGGGCAAAGUUCCCUUGAAAAAUAGACGAAGUGGAAAUUUUUUUUUAAAUUUGUGUUUCACCUGUUUUAUAUUUUGUAUUGGAAGUUUUUGUAUCCUUCCUCCUCUUCGUAGAGACACUGUUGUUAUGAUAAAAGAUAUUUAUUGGCCUGUGCCAUUUAUUGUGCAGUGCUGGUGUAGGACGCACCAGGACAUACAUUGUACUUGACGCCAUGUUGGACCAAAUAGAUGCUGAGGGGGUAGUAGACAUCUAUGGUUUUGUCUGUCAUAUCCGUCAACAGAGAAGUGCCAUGGUGCAGACAGAGGUAUGGCAUAAUUUAACGCGGGGUGGGGGGGGGGAAGUAAGAGAUCGGAGGAAUUUAGUUGUGUCACUUAAAAUAUACUUAAUGCCCUUAGGCUCUAGAAAAAAAAGACUCUCAGACCCCCCCCUCCUCGAUAAAUAUUGACUGAUCCCCUUGUCUCUCCUUAAAACCAUGAGAACCCCCAAACCCCCCAUGAAUAAUGACUGAUCACCGUCCGUUUCCGUUGAAAACGAUGUGAUCCCCCUCCCCCUUCCCCUCCCUCUCAAUAGAAAGGUCUUCAUGCCCCCCUCCCCGUGCGAUAAAUAAUGACUGGUUCCUUUGGAAGGACUUCUGAUAUAAUGAUUUCUUAGACGUGGACGGUUUUAUUUAUUUAUUUGUUCAUUUGUUCAAUCUUUCUACGACAGGCCCAGUACGUAUUUAUCCAUGACGCUCUGGUGGAGUAUGUCACAUGUGACAGUACAGAAUUUGCUGUGUGUGACCUACCAGAGAACUCGCGUGUUCUUAACACCAUUGAUCCAGACAGUGGAGAUUCGCUUCUGGUGGUGGAAUUCAAGGUAUUAAACUUCUUUAAACCAGUAGAUUUCGUGGAGUUUUGAGAGGGUCUUCCGACCGAUCUGGGGAUGCAGUGAGGUGUGAACAAUUCUUAGAAAGUACUAGACUUCUCAAAAGUGUGUUUUUGUGAGGUUUUGAUGUUUCACCGUUCAGGAGACAACACAGCUCCUUCUGAUCAUAAUGUUUGAUUCAGCAGUAAUCUGCAGCGAGAAUUUUGAUUCUUGUGACACUAAGUGGUUAAAGGGUUAGGCGAUCUUUCAUCAAUUUCGUAAGGGUGUAAGCCGAUGUCAUUUUGGAAACUUAAUCUUCUUUAAUAAGGGAUGAAAGAAGCUCAAGGCUUCAUCUUAAUAGUUUUCUACGGAUAUACAUAGGCAUACUGAGCAAACAAUAGCUAAGGAAGUGAAAGUGCUUUUAUUCCUUUUCCUGGUUUGUAUCGUUUCGAAGGCGCUUUGUGAAGAAGAGUUUUCGCUUGCAGUAUUUUAUUAAUAGUAGUAGCAAUGUUUUACUAAUAUGUACUCAUUGAUUGAUGUUAUCAUGCAGAACCUUGGCCUGGGUGACUCAGAUUACGAUUCAUUCAUCAACGCCUCUCAGCCUGAAAAUAAAUCCAAGAACAGAUUUGCCAUACUCCCAUGUAAGUUGAAAUAAUUCAUAGAGAGUCUUAUUUAUAAAGAAAUUAAAGGCACUCGCCCAGGAGAUUUAGUGAGAGACACGGAUUCGAAUUUCGUCGAAGCCUGAAUUUUUUCAGGUUUUUGUUUUGCAAUUGCUUAAAGCUCAUUCCACCUGCGCGGAUCAUUUCUUUGCUUUAUUUCUGUACCAGAAGUCCAAUACAAUUUAUUUCUUUAAAAAUUGAGAAUAAAAUAGAUUGCCUUAAACGUAAUAUACAUUACCUUUAUAUGAUUCUAUUUUCUCUCCAGUUGAUCGAUCAAGAGUAAAACUGUGGCCUUUCACGGGUAUGGUGGGGUCUGAUUACAUAAACGCAAGUUUUGUAGACGUGAGUACAUCAUUAUUCAAAUAAUAAUUGUUAAUAAUUAUAUCAAAAGCAUAGACUAGCAGGUAGUGAAACCUUUACACCCCAACAUUAGUAUGUAUAUUCUCCACACUGUUUCCUCCACACAUUUCUUAAGGCGAGAUGAACGACAACUUCCCAAGUUACUGAUCAUUUUCUUUAUUCUCGUGACCUUAAUGUCUGCUUUAGGGCUGAGAUUGUGGGGAGAAAUUAGAUGCUAAUCAUUCUUAGGAGUCAAAGGGUUAAACUUAUCCAAGCGAGUCAUGUUUUAACUACUAAAUAUGAUGCAUCGAAGGCAAAAGAAAAGAAAGAGAGAAAAUAAGGACGAGAAGAAAAUGAGAUUAAAGUGAUUGGAACCAAAGUUACGCUUAAUUGUGUUCAUCAUUUAUUUAAAACAUCUACACACCUACGGUUUUAAACAUGAGUAGGAAAGUACAUAUCAGAGAACGAAAACUUACAAAUAAACUUACAAUACGGCAAAAUAUAUACCUUAAUGGUGGAUAGCUUUACAGGAGAAAAACAAAAACGACGACGCUGCUUUUUACAAAGUGGACAUGAACAUUGGUCCACAGGACUAACUUUUUACACAAAACGUGACAAAUUACUCGACUUAAUUACGUACAUCACGCAACGAUACAAACAUCAACCACAAGUACGAAAUACAAAUAAUGAAACAUACAAACACUCACUGGUGAUUAACACGUAAACACAAUACACACAGGAAACUGUUUGACAAUAAGUUUCGCGAUUACGGAUAUGAUCAGAAUUAGAGGGUUAUCUUGGUACGACACCGAAUUCUCUUGACUGGUUUGAAAAGCAGAGAGAUAGGAAGAACUCACGCUUAGCUUUCAGGUUUCGGUUUGUUCUGCAAGUGCCCAUAAUUCUUUUUGGCAGUUGUGUGUUGUUUUCAUUCCAACCACACCGUCUCAGUUGUUUUAUUUCUAUCUGAUUUAGAGUUUCCAGCAGCGCGAGGCAUUCAUUGCCACCCAGGCCCCGUUGGAUACUACGGUCGUUGAUUUCUGGCGAAUGACCUGGGAAUAUGAAGCUAAUUGCAUUGUCAUGUUAUGCACACAGAACGAGAGAGAAGAGGUUUGGGAGUUGAUUUUUGUUUUAAGUCUGAUAUCUAAUUGGGUGCAAUUUCUACUCAACGUUUCCUUAAUUUUUUGUUGGCGGGCUACUUGGCUUUAGUGCAGACUUCUCUUUAAUUUUCAGUUGUCUGUGUGUUUGUUUGUUUGUUUGUUUGCCUGAUUAACCUGAUUUGCUGCAUUCAUUUGUCGUUUUCAGGGAAUCUGUGUAUCUUAUUUGCCUCACAAAGAGGAGUUCAUUGUUUAUGGUUUGUUGAUGAUCGAGAUUGAAGCGGAAGAUCUGAGAAAUGGUUUCUGUAGAAGACAACUGAAAAUUACGAACACAAAGGUGAAAAAAUAAACAUUUUCUUUUUGCGUUCGUUACGAUGGAAAGAAAACUAAGGAAAAAUAUAUGGGUGCGUUUGCUGUAUUGUGCGUAACUUGAUGUCUAUGGUUUGAAGAACCUUUGCCGUUACUGUUCCAGUGAAUUGACCAGUAAUGAAACCUCCAUACAGGAAACAGCGGCUGAUACCAUCAGCCGCUGUUUCCUGAGGACUAGAAAAAGUGUCUCCAGAACAGAGUUGUCUCAGUAGAGAACGUAGCAUAUAAGCGACGUAUAGCUCACCUCCGGGGUUAACCCUUUACACCCUUACAUCAGUAUUCAUAUUCUCCAUACUGCCUCUAUACAUUUCCUGAAACGCUGAUAAGGAGAAUUUGUUUAAAGAUCAAGAGCUUUAUAAGUUUGGUGUCCAUUUUCUUGAUUCUCAUGACCUUAAUGUUUGAUUCAGGGGUGAUAUUGUGAGGAGAAGUUAGAAGCUGGUCACUUUUAGGGGUUAAAGGGUCAAGGCUCGAAAAAGGACCCUUGGAUAAGAAGUUCCACGCGCCAGCGGUCAGGUCAGCUUUUCUUCGUGAGUUCUUAAUGGCGCCUCGUGAUAGUUUACUUUUUUCCGACUGUCUGUCAUUAUUACUUUGGUUUUGGUCGCACGACACUCAAUUGAAACGCGCUCACGUUAGUUUUAAAUGUCUGAUCUCCGCGACAUCGUAUUCGAUAACAUCGGAAUUUUUUUGGUGAACGUAAUAGCGGCCAUUUUUUAAUUUUUCAGAAUCGGAAGGCCGGGGAGAGAAAGAAAUUUGAAUCAAGGGGGUGAGAGACGGUCCAAAGGAAGGAGAGGGGUGGGGUGGGGUAAUAGAAAUUCACCCCUUUCUCCGUCCCCCCCCUACCCGUACCGUCCACUCUAGCUCUAAAUCAAACAUGGCCGGUGGAAUAGACGAUCGCAAGCUUGCAACAUUGACUUGUCCAAAAAGACGCUUUCACUACAGGGUAAUAAUAUCGUGAUUCAAUGCUUUCUCUUGCAGUGGUGUCGGGCUUCUUGACAUGAUGAAAUGUAUCACAAGGGUGCAGCAGCAGACAGGCAAUGGACCAAUAGUCGUCCACUGCAGGUAAAUCCUUUGAAAGUAUCACAUGAGACGGAUCAUUGUCAGUAUCUGAACAACCGCGCACCUACCCCUCCCUUAACCCAACAUUAAAACUAACUUGUUAUGAGUUGACUGUUUUUGGGUUAGGGGAGAGGUAGGUGUGUAGUUCUUCUAAUACUGACAUUGAUCCCAUCAAAUCUGGUAAUUUUGGCCAUUCCCUGGAUUGACACCAAUUUCUUCAAAAGUUCCAUCUGCAAAAUACGUGUAGUUUGUGCAAUUUUUAGAUCUACAUCUAUGUUGAAUUUAAAAGUCAUCCACUGGAAAAUGCGCAGUGUCUCGUUGUUUAAGGUGUCAAUAGGCUCGUUUAUUUUGUCGUCAGUGUUCAAGUUCUAAACUUCGCAAAUUUGAAUAUUUUGAGCAGCGAACUAAGAUUUUAUCUACUGGUAUUGAUUGAAUUGUGAAUGGCAGUUGUCAUAGUUCCAACUAAAUAUUUUCAGGAAACAUAAACACGUGGUCCAUUGAACGUUGUCUAGUACGGAAAUAUUUUAUAAUUUGGUUAUUAUUCCAUAAUAAGCAAAGGAAACGAAUUUCAUCUCUGGUUCCCUCUCUUUUAGUGAUGGAAGUGGUCGUACAGGUAGUUUCUUCGCUAUUAAUAUAGCGCUGGAGCGGGUCAAACUUGAUGGUUCAGUAGACAUGUUUCAGACCGUACGGCGCUUGCGUACUCAGAGACCUCUAAUGGUACAGACAGCGGUAAGGAAAAUCAAAUGAUGUUACUCUUUAUUCCAAUAAGCAUCUUAAACGUCUUGUGGCUCUGAGGGGGAAUAUAAUAAUAGCUGAAACGAAGUUUACGACCGUAAUCUUUUUCUUGUACGAAUCCAUGCCGCGAUGUGUCACGUUCCUUUUUUUCGUUUUAGAAAAGAAGUGAUAAAUUGAAGGAAACGAUUAAAUGAAAUAACGGCAAGAAAGCAAAUAUUUAAGACAUAACGAUUAACAGUUUAGGAAUAAGGACGCUUUUGAAUGGAGAAGAUCAACAGGGAUUGUAAAGAAAAAAUUUGAAGAAUUUAUUCAAAAUAUUUCCAAGAUGCACACGACAGAGCUACUUGUAAAGAUGCUCAAAGAUACGAUAAGGUUGGAUAAUAUUCCCCAUGAAAAUAAUCAGUUCAAGCCCAAGAUGAUUACUGAUGAGCAGAGGGGGGUGGGAUUAUUGAUGAGAAAAGGGCGUAAGGUGUAUAAUACCUCUUUCAGACCCUUGCCCUUUUCUCCAUUCUCGUUUCUAGCCAACAAUUAUUUUCUCUAGGUUAUAUAAGUUCAGUCUGCUCCUUGCUGUUUGUGACCCGUUUCUCUUUGAUCCUUGCGUGACCUUGAAGAGCAUGUUGCUGUUACCCAACGUCGUUGAUCCUCGACACAGUUUUUUACAAUUUAUGCCAAGUGAAACUACUAAAUUAAAUUUUUUGAAUGCAUGAUCAUUUCUGUGAGUACACUUUAUUAUUCUUGUCAUAUCCGCAUCUUACAAAUCUUUGAUUGUCUGUUCCAUGACAGGAGCAGUACAAGUUUUGUUACGAAAUGGUACGUUUGUUUGUGGACUCCUUCAGCGAUUACGCGAACUUCAAGUGA